AUGGGGAACAUGUCAAAGCUUCAAGAUAUGUUUCUUGGAUGGAAUAAAUUGACAGGAAAUAUACCAAGUGAAAUUCAGAAUCUUCGAGCAAUUCAACAUCUAAGUCUUCGAAAUAAUGAAUUGGUCGGAACUUUUCCUCCUUCUAUGGGGAAUUUGUCGACUUUGGUGAUGCUAGAUAUUGGUGCUAAUAACCUUCAUGGAAACAUUCCUACAGAAUUUGCAAAACUUGUUAAUCUGAAAGAAAUAUAUCUUGGUUCAAAUAAGAUAACAGGUCAAAUUCUAGACUCUUUUUAUAACAUUUCUGGGUUAGAAACGAUCGCACUUGCAGCUAAUGAGCUUUCUGGAAGUCUACCUUCUAACUUUGCCCAUAACUUUCCAAAUCUUAAUGGCCUUUAUCUUGGGUUGAACCACUUUAGUGGGACAAUUCCUAGCUCCAUUUCAAAUGUUUCCAAGCUCACUUUCCUUGAUUUGGGCCACAAUUUUCUUAGCGGGGAUGUGCCGAUGAAUCUUGGAAAUUUACAGCAGCUUGAAGUGAUCAACUUGCAGUUGAAUCAACUGACAAAUGAUCCUUCCACAAGGGAAUUAAGUUUCCUUACUUCCCUAUCGAGCUGCAAGCACUUGAAGCGUAUACAACUAGGAUAUAAUGCAUUCAGAGGAACUUUUCCAAAGUCCUUAGCCUUCAGUAAUUGGUCUGAUUCUCUUGACGUAUUCAUCACCUCUGGAAACGACAUCACAGGUGAAAUCCCUGUUGAAAUCAGUAAGUUGAGUAACUUGGUGUGGUUAGGCAUUGGAAAGAAUCGUUUGAGUGGUUCAAUUCCUCAUGAAUUGGGAAACAUGAGGAAAUUGCAAAAGUUGACACUUUGGAAAAAUAAAAUAAAUGGUACCAUACCAGAAAGCUUAUGCAAUAUGGAGGUCUUAUUUCGACUUGACUUGAGUGAAAAUCAGCUUUCAGAUGAAAUACCAAGUUGUUUGGGAAAUCUCUCUUCUUUAAGAGAACUCUUUUUAGAUUCCAAUGCAUUGAGUUCCAAUAUUCCUCCAACUUUUUGGAGUAACAUCGGUAUAUCAACUCUGAGUUUGUCCUCCAAUUUUCUCAAUGGUUCUCUGCCUUUAGGAAUAGGAAGUUUGAGGAGUCUAAGCAAUUUAAAUUUAUCAAGAAAUCAAUUCUCAGGAGAAAUUCCGAGCACAAUUGGACAACUACAGAAUUUGGUGAAUCUUUCUCUGUCGAUGAACAAUUUUGAAGGUCUUAUACCUCAAUCAGUCGGAUACUUGGUUGCUCUUGCAUACUUGGAUUUAUCUGGAAAUAACCUUUCAGGUAUGAUCCCCGAGUCUCUGGUGAAUCUUAAACAACUUAGCUAUCUUAAUGUGUCUUUCAAUGCACUCACUGGUAAGAUUCCAAAUGGAGGACCUUUUGCUAAUUUGACAGCUGCAUCUUUCAUGGGGAAUGCUGAAUUGUGUGGACCAUCUCAAUUCAAUGUGGCGGAAUGCAGAAUUGGUGGCAUGAAAAGAAAAAACAAAAGGAGGGCAUUAACUUUUGCUCUUGCAUCAGUUGCUGUAGCAUUAGUAGUCACAACUAUUUUCAUGGUUUGGUUUCUCAAUUACCGAAAAAGAAGCAGACAACUUCCUAUACCAGAUUUGAUUGGUCAAUCCCAUCAGAGGAUCUCUUACUAUGAAGUUGUUCGAGGGACAAACAACUUUGAUGAAGCCAAUUUGAUUGGCAGGGGAGGCCUUGGUCUAGUGUACAAAGGAACACUCCAAGAUGGAAUUAUUGUUGCUGUAAAGGUUUUCAACACAGAAGUACAAGAUGCAUUUAGAAGAUUUGAUUUGGAGUGUGAGGUUUUACGUAACAUUCGCCAUAGAAAUCUUGUUAAGGUGAUAAGUAGUUGUGCUAAUCUUGAUUUUAAAGCAUUGGUUCUAGAGUACAUGCCAAAUGGAAACCUUGAUGCUUGGCUUUAUUCUCACAACAACUUUUUGGAUUUAAGCCAAAGAUUGAGGGUUAUGAUUGAUGUGGCUUCUGCAAUGGAAUAUUUACAUGAAGGUCAUUCUUUUGUUGUUGUACAUUGUGAUCUAAAACCAAGUAACAUACUUUUGGAUGGAGACAUGGUUGCAAGAGUCAGUGACUUUGGUAUAUCCAAAUUUAUGACAGCUGAUAAAUUGAUAGCACAAACGAAGACGUUAGGCACUAUUGGCUACAUGGCACCAGAAUAUGGAUCAGAAGGCUUAGUGUCAACCAUGGGAGAUGUUUAUAGCUAUGGUAUCAUGUUAAUGGAGACCUUUACAAGAAAGAAGCCCAUGGACGAUCUUUUCGUCGGAGAACUCAGCUUGAAGAGAUGGGUGUUUGAAUCAUUACCCGAUAGAGUGAUGGAUGUAGUGGAUGCUAAUUUAUUUUCAAGACAGGAUGAGCAGUUUUCAUUCAAAGAGACUUGCUUUAAGUUGGUAAUGGAAUUGGCCUUACAAUGUACAUCUGAAUCACCUCAAGAGAGAAUCAGUAUGAAAGAUGUCCUUGUAAGACUCAACAAGAUUCAAACCAACCUCUUGCAUUGUCCAACAACAAGCCAAAAUAGAAUGUAA